AUGAGAAAUGGGGGUAAUGGGAGCUCAAUUGGGAAUGGGAAUGGAAAUGGUGGUGUGAUGGGGAGAGGGAAAGUGAGGGCUGAAUCGGUUAUUGAAGCAGCAACACUUGCUGCUAAUGGACAGCCAUUUGAGGUUGUUUACUAUCCUCGUGCCAGCACACUGGAGUUUUGUGUGAAGGCUGCGAUGGUUAAAGGAGCAUUUCAGAUCCGGUGGUGUUCGGGAAUGAGGUUCAAGAUGGCUUUUGAAACCAAGGAUUCAUCACGGAUAAGUUGGUUCAUGGGAACCAUUUCUUCUGUUCAGGUUGCUGAUCCCAUUCGCUGGCCUGAUUCACCUUGGAGGCUUCUACAGUUUGCUGAUAGGCAAUAUGGCAUGCUAUUUAAUCUCAGGUUUUCAGACACAAAAUGUGCGAAUGUUGAGGCCUCAGACAAUAGUAUACAAAACCAAGAACCUUCUGCAAUCCAAAACUUCCAGAUAGCGAAAUUACAUCCAAUGAGCUGCAAUGAUAUGUCCUGCUAG